CUACCAGGUAGUAGUAGGUGGUAAUGUCAAAGGGGUUGGUGCGAGGCUGGCGCAGUUGAUUUGCAGGCAGCGGACUCCUUAGCCACCUAAUCCCUUUAGGGGCUGACUGUGGCUAACACGCAGGUGUGGCGCUUGCAGUGGCUUAAGUAUCGCAACCUCAACAUCAACCACAACGUCAACUGGUGUAGAACCUGAACAGCGACGUGGUUCACAAUACUGGUCGGUAUAUCAGCAUCAUUAUUUGCAUCUCUCUUCAAGCCACCAUUCCUUCUGGUCCGUCAACACCUUAAUGCCCAAUUCUGGGUAUCUAAAAUCCUCACCAUGAACGCCGUCGACGGCUCUGAACAUUAUGACAAGACUUCUCACGAACAAUCUCCCUCCCUCCUAGCCAUCAUUCUCGACACCAAUCCCGCCGCCUGGUCAUUACUCUCAUCCACCCUAUCCUUCUCAUCAGCCGUCGCCAAUCUGUUAGUGUUUAUCAACGCCCACCUCGCAGCAAACUACACCAACAAAGUCGCCGUGAUCGCCUCCCACUGCGACAAAGCGACCUGGCUAUAUCCGACACCAACAGAACAAGAACCACCACCACCACUAUCAUCAUCCUCUCACACCAACAACAACGACCUAACCGACUCGACGAAACGAUUCAAACUCAACGUCAACAACGGUACCAAAAACAAUGACUCUAUUCCAUCCUCCUCCUCAUCCGCCGAAGAAACAGGCAACAAAUACCGACCCUUCCGCCUCGUCGAAGAAGAACUCAUCCACAACCUCACCACUCUCCUCGCAAGCACAUCUCCCGACGCCGUCUCACGAAGUCCCACCACCAUGAUCGCAGGCGCAUUGACCCUGGCUCUAAGCUAUAUCAACCGCGAAUCCAUCGCCUACGCCGAAUCAGUAAUUGGCUCAAGCGGUGCAGCCGAUACCACUGCCGCUGCCACCACCAACACCACCACCACCACAGGCGACCCCAACAGUUCCUCCUCCAACAACAAUACAUCUCUCCAGUCGCGCAUCCUGUUGGUGUCCGUCUCCCCCUCGACAGACCUGGCUCACCAGUACAUUCCGAUCAUGAAUGCCAUUUUCGCCUGUCAGAGACUAGCUAUUCCGAUUGAUAUUUUGCAAUUACCUUUACCUUUGCAAACCAACAACACCACCACUCAAGCGCAACAAACCAGCACCAACAAUCAAACUCCCGCCGGUGACAACAAUACGACAACGGCAGGCAAUACGUCAAACUCGACCGUCUUUCUGCAACAAGCUGCCGACGCGACGCACGGGAUCUUUAUUGCUGCACAGCUCCCAAAAUCUCAAUCCCAAUCACAAGCAUCAGCAGCAUCAUCCCAAGCUUUCCUCACAUACCUCCUAACAUCUCUCCUCCCAUCUCCCUCGACCCGUGCCGCCCAUUUGAUCCUCCCGACCCGCAUCGACGUCGACUUCCGCGCCGCCUGCUUCUGUCACCGCAAUGUCGUUAGCGUCGGUUUUGUCUGCAGCAUCUGUCUGAGCAUUUUUUGCUCUGUUCCCGAAAACGCGGAUUGUUUGACCUGCGGCACUCAUUUGUCGCUCGGCAACUACGGCGCCCGGCCUGUGGUCGUCCCUCCGGCGAGGAAAUCCAAGAAGAAACAACUACAGCAACAUUCGACCCCAGGAACGCCAGGGACACCAGGUACCCCACAACGACAACAAUAACAAUAACGAGCUCAAAAUGCUACUGCCAGGUCGAUCCGGCUUUACAAAAACAAAGCACAAGUUCAACGGUGAUAGCACUAAGCUCGGUUCAACUUUAGGCUGGGUAUCUGGGUUGCUAUUCUAGGUCGGGUGUCCUAUUUCAAGGCUGCUAGAGGGAGAACACACCUCGAGGCCUGCAGUACUGUGACAUGCCUAUCGGGACGGACUGAUAACUAAUAAUAUGCCGCUCCACCCA